UGCAGUUUAAAACAUGGAAAGGGCGAAAUUGGACAGUUCGUCGGAGACGGUGGAAGUGGAAUGGUCCGCGGGAGGGGUGGACAGGUUCCCGUACAUCUGGCUGAGGGACAACUGUCAGUGUUCGGAGUGUUUCCAGGCGGACCUAAACAAACGCCUGGUUCUGACGUCAGAGCUUGACCUGGACGUCGCACCCGCCCAUGCAGCCGCGCGAGAUAGGGGAAACAGCCUGCACGUGACGUGGCCGGACGGACACCAGAGCCGGUACGACUGGCAGUGGCUGCGGGACCGCUGCUUCAGUACCCAGGCCAGGGCCGACAGGGAGAGGCGAUGGAGGAGGAAGAAGCAGCUGUGGGGAGCUGAGCUUUUCACAAACUUGCCCACGGCUGAUUUUCCCGCGCUUUUGACAGACGAUCGCGCCUUGUACGACUUCCUGUUCCUCCUGGACACCAUCGGCCUCGUUCUGGUGCAGAACGUGCCGCGUCAGGUCGGACAGUUUCAGGAGCUGGCCAAUCGGGUGGCGUUUCCUAAAAUGACCUUUUUAGGGGCGGAGCAGAUGUUGAAAGUCAAGCCCAUCCACGGCAACUUUCUCCUGAGCACCGCCCCACUCGGCCUGCAUACCGACCUGGCGUACUACAACUACCUGCCGGGCGUACAGAUGAUGCACUGCAUCAAGCAGACUGAGUCGGACGGGGGCGCCAGUGAGCUAGUGGACGCCUUCAAUGCCGCCUAUCAGCUGAAGGAGGAGAACCCGGACGCUUUCAAACUCCUCACCACGGUCAAAGUCAACUUCCACCGGAUAGGGAAGGCCGAGCCCAAGCACCACAUGAGGGAACGCCACCACAUCAUCAGCGUGAGCGAUCAGGGCGAGGUGCAGAAGGUUGUCUGCGGGAAGCACUCACGUGACUCCGUGCUGGACGUGCCCGUGGAUCAGGUCAAGCCGUUCUACCGGGCCAUGCGGGCAUUCGACACCAUCCUGAGCAACCCCAGGAACUGCAUCCGCUACAAGAUGAAAGAAGGCGACAUGCUAGCGUUUGACAACCUGCGCAUCCUGCACGACCGGACUGCCUUCAGCAUGUCGGGAGGCGAGCGGCACCUGCAGGUCGGGUACGUGGACUGGGACGAGACCUACUCACGCAUGCGCGUUCUCCAGGCCGAGCUGGGCAUCCAGGAGUGACAAGACAAUAUUUUUCUUUUUAAAAAUCCAUAACGAAAAAAAUACCAUAUUGUAUUUGCAUUCAUACCGUUGACAUGGUAUUUACAAGUUUACAAAAAACAAUCUCACUUUACCUAAGACUAACAGUAAUAUUCAGAGACCGAGAAAACUCAUGCAGUUUGUCCAUGACUUUCAUUUAAUUUGUUACUUUGACUGCAUCAAUACGUACUGCUAGGACUACCCAACUAGCCGAAGGAUAGCCCUGGUGACUGAAUAUUAUAUAACAUACAAUAUAAGUGGUUAUAAUGCAGAUAAUAAAGUUCACUAAGUACGAGAUACUACAUGUAUACACCUUGUUUGCACGAAGCAAGAGUCAUUUUGAUGCGUAGACGUUACGGUUACUAACCUUUCACGAGAAAGAUGUGGUACACACUUAAACAUAUCUUACUGGUUCUUGAAACAAGCGAACGACGUUUUUGGAAUGAACAUCGACCAACUUUGGACAAUCAUUUGUAGAUCAUUGAUAGAUCUGUUGUCAUUUUGCACAGGUAAUAAUGGUUAGGUUCAAUCAUUACACUGAGCCGAAAGUGAAUGCAGAAUUAAAGUGAACUGUUAUAGUGUCAAUGGUAUUUCAAACAAAAGAAAAUUAUCCUGGAUACGUGCCUUAUAUUCAAAACUACUUUGAAUGUUGAAUAUUGUAAUUUGAAUGUUGUAAUGUUGAGAGCACGUCUACUACACCUUUCACAUUUAAAGGAUCAUUGAGUACCCCACGUGUGUUGUUUCCGCUACCACUUCUAUAGUCAAUAUCAUACAUAUAUAUACAUAUCAAAGUAAUAGACAGUCGAACAUAGGACGUACUAACGUUACAUAGUCAAUACAAUGCAACUUCAGAAGAACAGCUUCGCAUAUGACGAAGCAGGGUCAGAUGAUUCUCGUAUUAGAAUGUAGUUUGUAGCUCCACGUUAUAUACUGUACCAGUAGAUUAAUAAAGGAAUGGUAACAUAAGCCAUAUGUUUACUCGGAUCG